UCGAACAGCUUUGAAGUCUGCGCCUUAGAUGGAGCGAGCAUCAAUAUUCUACAAUUUUGCACUGCAGCAGAAAGCACUGACUGGCUUCAAGCAAUAUCAACCAAUAUCAGUGAUUUGACACUGGAGAAUGUAAGUCUACAGUAUGAACAGGUAAAAGUAAAAAAAAAAAAAAAUCCAGAUUGAAUGGACAGGAUCCAGAUUGAAUGGACAGGAUCCAGAUUGUGAUUGGCCAAAUACCAACUUGAGAAUGCACACAAGUAACUCAACAGAAGAUGUGUGCUAAAAUCUGAGCGGCAUUAGAAUAUUUGAAUCCUCCUACUCCUAAUAGAGUAUGAUUACUAUUAUAAUGCUCCUCUCUCUCUCUCUCCUUUAGAAAGAGGUAUUCAUGGGCAUAAUGAAUUACUGCUAAGUAGUAAUCCAUCAUUAAUACUCUCACGUGUUUAGCUGUCUCAUUUCCAUGAUAUCCUUUUGAUUAGUACACUGAUGAUCUAUCUGCAUGUGUCGCUAAGGAUCCAGACAUGCUGCUCUGAGCUGCACAACUACACAGCUGCUUUUUUUUAAACUAGGAUUAAUUCAGUUGUGCGUCACCUAAUUAUGGAUGAGGAGUCUGAUAGUGAAACUUUCAUUCAGAAUGUGUUUGUGAGAGGAGCUUGUGAAGUAGAACUCUUGACUUUUAUUGUGGUGACCAACAAGCUAGAAAUAGACUGUGACAUCCUCUGACAUGUUCAUCAACAGAGAGUGACUUUGUAUGAUACGGCAGCUGACUUGCAGCUUGCUUAUUAGAAUGUUAGUUGUUGUUGAUUUGACCAGGCCUCAGUAUCAGUAAAAUAUUAGCGCUGGUUUAACCAGGCCACAGUAUCAGUAAAAUAUUAGCGCUGGUUUAACCAUGCCACAGUAAGGUAACACAAGGAGCCGCUUGUGGAUUUGCCAGCUCUAACUCACUUCCACUUACCAUUACAAUCCCUUGUUUUCUCCUCUAACAGAUGAAAAUGAUUAACAGAUAUUGCUCUCCGGAUGAUCAGGUAUGUCCUCAUGCGAGGAGCUAUAACUAUCUUUAUCUAUAACUAUCUUCAUCUAUAACUAUCUUUAACUAUAACUAUCUUCAUCUAUAACUAUCUUUAACUAUAAUUAUCUUUAACUAUAACUAUCUUCCUCUAUAACUAUCUUCAUCUAUAACUAUUUUCAUCUAUAGCUAUCUUUAACUAUAACUAUCAUUGUCUAUAACUAUCUUCAUCUAUAACUAUAUACAUCUAUAGAUAUCUUUAACUAUAACUAUCAUCAUCUAUAACUGUCUUCAUCUAUAACUGUCUUCAUCUAUAACUAUCAUCAUCUAUAACUAUUUUCAUCUAUAACUAUAUACAUCUAUAGAUAUCUUUAACUAUAACUAUCAUCAUCUAUAACAACUUCAUCUAUAACUAUCUUUACCUAUAACUGUCUUCAUAUAUAACUAUCUUCAUCUAUAACUAUCUACAUCUUUAACUAUUUUCAACUAUAAUUAUCUUCAUCUAUAACUAUUUUCAUCUAGAACUAUUUUAAUCUAUAACUAUCUUCCUCUAUAACUAUCUUCCUCUAUAACUAUCUUCAUCUAUAGCUAUCUUUAACUAUAACUAUCAUCAUCUAUAACUAUCUUCAUCUAAAACUAUCUUUAACUAUAACUGUCUUCAUCUAUAACUAUCUUCAUCUAUAACUAUUUUCAUCUAUAACUACCUUCAUCUAUAACUAUCAUCAUCUAUAACUAUUUUCAUCUAAAACUAUCUUUAACUAUAACUGUCUUCAUCUAUAACUAUCUUCAUCUAUAACUAUCAUCAUCUAUAACUAUUUUCAUCUAUAACUAUUUUUAACUAUAACUAUCUUUAACUAUAACUAUUUUCAUCUAUAACUCUCUUGAACUAUAACUAUCUUCAUCUAUAACUAUCUUCCUCUAUAACUAUCUUCCUCUAUAACUAUCUUCCUCUAUAACUAUCUUCAUCUAUAACUAUCUUUUAACUGUAGCUAUCCUUAGCUAAGACAUCCUCUCAUAGCAUAUAGGUUCAUUAAAAAGAACAAAAAAAUGCAUCAGAAUGGAUUUUCAUCCCUUGAACCUUGCCUCUGCAGAUUGUCCACAUGGGUUGGGUGUGUGAAAACCCUCAAGCUAAUGAUGCUGGUCCAUCAAGUACCUUCAAGUUCCUGGCAUUGAGAGGCCCUUCGCUGUACGUCUUCAGGAGUCCUCCUGUAUGAACCCCCCAUUGAUUUCCUCUUCAUUCAUUAACUGUUAAGAGUACAAGGAUCGACAAGUUCAGCUUUUAUUCCACCAUGAUAGCCCGUUAAAUUGUCCUUUAGCUGGGAGCAUGUUCAAGGGCUACACGCAGUGUGUAGUUACAGUGGUUAUUCUGGACCUUUUCAUUCAUACUUUACAAUGACAUCAUCUAUUUAUAAAAUGAGUUUUGAGCUGGACCUCAAACCACCCACUAAACAAGUCAUGGGUAAUGAAACCAUUUCAUCGUCUUCCCUAGUUCAGAGGUUAUUUGGUUGAGUAAAAUGGAUUAAUGCAGAGCUUCCGAAUGAUGUUUGUGAAGCACACUAUGUUGGUUCAUUUACUGUGGUUCAAAGUAUCUUAUAUCCUGCCUGUAAGACAUUACAUUGAUAAAAAAAUAAAGAAAAUGAAGGCUUAUUUAAAAUAUGAAUAAAUAAAUAUAUUUAAUCACUUUUGUCCCCUCAUCUCAGGUUAGUGCAACUGACUGGGGACAAGCUGAAACCACGUAUAUCCUUUAUGAGGUUAUGUUCAAGGUUCACAAGGUAUGUUCAAAGUUCACAAUAAAAUAUUAGGAUCGACUGUUACCGGAAUUUGAAUGACGUGCAUGUUACUCAAACGUUUGCGUGAAUCAUGCAUUGAUCUGCACUAACAUGGGAGUUAGAUCUGCACUAACAUGGGAGUUACUCAUAUAGUAGCCUAUACAUCUCAAGUUGGCAUGUGGUUCCCAGUGAAUAAAACUGAUGAGACUUCAUGUUGGAUGUGGUGUUGUAGCUAUGGAUGGCAGAGGACUGCUGGAUCCAGGCCAGGUUCUACCUUGGACUCCAGCAGGACGAGGACCUGCAGGACGGAGAGCCUUUCUGUUUCAGUAUCCUGGUCGGCCACGGCCAGAGCCACACCUUCAGUGUGGAGACGACCGCUGACCUCGCUGUGUGGGAGAAGUCCUUCCAAACAGCCGUCUUCAUGGAGGUGCAGAGAGUCGGGGUAAGUGGAACAGCAAAGUGGUUUUUGUUUGGAUAUUAUGUGAUGCUCUCCGGAGUCAAAGGCUUGGGGGUUUCUUAUAAGUAGUGCUGAGAUAUGAUUGACAUUUUGCUAAUUUUGAACUGGGCCACAUUCCCCAGAGAGCCUUCAUAGUGUUAUCACACAUUGAACAUUUUUAACUGUAGCAAAUACAAUGCCAACCCACUGGACACACCACAUCAUUCCAACUUGGAUAACUGGGUCAUAUUUUGUUGAGACGUUGAUCAAUGAGAAAGAAUGAACGUUAAAGAACAGGACUAAAUCAAAUCAAACUUUAAAUGCACUUUAACAAAAUGUUUGAUUUGAUUUAGUCCUAUUCUUUAUCUUGGAUUUUUGGUUGAGGUGGAGACGUGAAUCCAGCAUAACAAUUAUUCAUUUAAAUUAUUUAUGAAUGAUAAAGUAUGGUCACAUUUAAUUUGCUCUGUUAAACCUACCCUUUGGAAUGACUUCGAUAUCAACAGUGAACCUAUUUAGUUUUUAAGUGUAGAUCUCAUGAUAGCACAUUGGUACUAGUCAGUGACAAAUAUCAUAGCUAAGCAGGGCUUGGUUAAAACCCUGAAUGGGAGACCAACGGGUAACUGUAUAUAGAUCAAUUCAAAUAUCAUAGCUAAGUAGGGCUGGGCUUGGUUAAAACCCUGAAUGGGAGACCAACUGGUAGCUGUAUAUAGAACAAUUCAAUUAUCAUAGCUAAGCAGGGCUUGGUUAAAAUCCUGAAUGGGAGACCAACGGGUAACUGUAGAUAGAUACAUUCUCCAGUAGGAGGCGCUGCUCAGCCUAUUGUUUAUCUUCUUCUGAUAGUGGAUAUAACGUUGAAGACUUGACAUUGUUUUAAAGGUACAAAUUCAACAUAUUUUAUACAAGGUUUGUCUAUGUUGAAAUGUGGUUACCAUGAUGACAUAAUCCUGUGGUUGAAAUUUCACCCUCAAAACAACAGUUGAUUGAUUACUUUUUUCAAAUCCAAUGUAUUUUCCAUGUAGAUUCCAUGUCACAAUAUGUUGACAAAUUACGUUGAAACAACGUUGAUUCAACCAGUUUGUGCCUGGUCGGAAUACAGUAAUUCCAGCAAUGCAUUCAUUUUGAUAAUGUCUUCCUUUUAGUGGAUUAUUCUAGAAAAGUACUGAGUUCAUGUGACAAAGCUAAGCAAAAUACAAAAAUGUAUGUCAUUAUGAGGAAGAACAUACUUAAUGAUUUUUUUUGGGGGGGGGACAAUAAAACUGUUAGGUGUGAUUCUUAUUUAUGGGAACCUUAAUUUGUUCAAAUAGGUAACAUUUCUAAGAUACAAAGUGCAUUUUAAUUAGUGAUUCAGGGCUGCUUUUAAUUUCUCCUACAAGGAAAUCAAUUGCACAGAGAAGUGGAAGACAGGUAGUUUCUUUUUAGAGUUUGUUCUUUUAAUGUUUAAAACAUUAGUGUUAGUUUAAUAAAAUGUAGCUUAAAGGGAUCUAAAGAAUUAGUCCUCACCUCAUUGAACCAUUAAAUUGCCUGUUAUAGAAAGUUCUGCAGCAUAAUGGUGAUGAGCUCUUGCAGAGAAUGCAUAGCGCACCAUGUUCAGGAAGUGUAUAGACUACAUAUCGUUUAACUGCUACUGCUCUUCCUUUCAGUAUUUAAUUUAGUUGUAUUUAACCUUUCAUAUUAUUGUUACCUGUAUAUGUAAAAGGUUGGACUGCGUUAUAUUACUUAGAUACUCACAAUCACAGCCAAAAGGUACAGUCUCUUCCACUAGACUGACUCACCUCAGCUAAUGAUAAGAAUAACCUACUCAAACUACACAGAGGGCCUGCUACUGUCAACUGUGUAUAGAGAGGUGUUAUGGAUUGUUUCAAGACAAAAGUUCCAAUAUCAAAUCAAAUCAAAAAUGUAUUUGCCACAUGCGCCGAAAACAACAGGUGUAGACCUUACAGUGAAAUGCUUACUUAAAAGCCCUUAACCAACAAUGCCGUUUUUUAAGAAGAAAAAAAAUACGUGUUAAGUAAAAAAAAAAUUACUAAAUAAACAAGCUAAUAGGGUCGUCUCUGAUACUCACAUAUAGGUUAAUAGCACAUACAGUAUUUUAAAGGAAUGUACAGGGAUUCAUAACGCCUGAAGUGCCUUUAUGAGCGUUGCAGGACCCUUUCAUAACACCUGGCUUAGCACAGUUUGAAAAUUGGACACUCGUCAAAACCUUUGCAGAUAUGUUUCAGAAUGAGAUUUUUAUGUUUCCACAAUAACUACGCUCCCUUUUUUGAACUCCUCUCUUGUCAUGAUCGUUAAUUUGAACCAAGAUGUCAACUCGGGACCUCAUGGAAUGGCCGGCAGGGUUCUGUAUAAUCCUCCUCUUCAAAAGCAGCCAACCAAAGUAAAAGGCUAAGUAAAAGGCACAGUUAACCCCGAGGGCUACGAUGCUCAGAACCCUUAACUAUAGACAUUUAUAAAUAAUACAAAGGAAAGAACCAGUCAGAAGAGAUUUAAAUCACUGCAGUGCUGAAAUACAUUUCAAGGGCAAAGUGUAAACCCACAAAAUUCCACAAUUUGGUACUGCAUCAACUGUCCUCACCAUUCCAUGUCAGUUAUUAAACUAGCAAAUGUAAUCACACAGCUUAAACGGUUCACCAGACGCAGGUUCCUAAAAUGCAUUGGCUGUUGAGAAAAUAAGUCAUCAAUCUGACAGUCUUUGAAGGCAAAUAUAUCCCAUUAUGUUCCACAGAGUGCUUAUGUGGUCAUGGAUAGUUCAGGAUCAUGAUUCCACAGGGCUCAAUUAAGUUCCCUCUUAAUUCUGAGGACAUUCAUUCCUUAGGCAAGUGCUCAACUGUACCAGAAGAAAAUGUCAACAUAUGAACUGCAGACUCAAACAGGGAACAGCCUAUCAGACAAAAUGAAGCCCAAUGAAAUGACAGCCUCUCUUAAUCUUUCAUAGACUGAACCCUUGAAAGCAGGAACACAUGGUAAUGUCCUGUGGCUCUGAUGUAUCCUGUACUUCAGUGGACUGGGACUAGCUGUUUAUUGAAAAACUUUUUAAAAAAUACAACAUUAAUACGACAUACAGUAGUUGGCCUUGUUUACUACUAAGGACAUAGUUAGCAUUGUACACUACGAAGGACAUAGUUAACCUUGUACACUACUAUAGACAUAGUUAGCGUUGUACACUACGAAGGACAUAGUUAGCCUUGGACACUACUAAAGACAUAGUUAGCCUUGUACACUACGAAGGACAUAGUUAGCAUUGUACACUACUAAAGACAUAGUUAGCAUUGUACACUACUAAAGACAUAGUUAGCAUUGUACACUACGAAGGACAUAGUUAGCCUUGUACACUACUAAAGACAUAGUUAGCAUUGUACACUACUAAAGACAUAGUUAGCAUUGUACACUACGAAGGACAUAGUUAGCCUUGUACACUACUAAAGACAUAGUUAGCCUUGUACACUACGAAGGACAUAGUUAGCAUUGUACACUACGAAGGACAUAGUUAGCAUUGUAAACUAUGAAGGACAUAGUUAGCCUUGUACACUACUAAAGACAUAGUUAGCAUUGUACACUACGAAGGACAUAGUUAGCAUUGUACACUACGAAGGACAUAGUUAGCAUUGUAAACUAUGAAGGACAUAGUUAGCCUUGUACACUACUAAAGACAUAGUUAGCAUUGUACACUAAGAAGGACAUAGUUAGCCUUGUACACUAAGAAGGCUCUGGGAGUAAGCCCUGUCCUGCGACGACAGGUUAUAUCCAGUUAAUGUUCAAAAUUAUCAAACAUUGUAGUCCAUUUCUCAGAAGAACCACAAAUACAAAUAGAAUAGAAUAAAUAGUCGAUCUGUAUUCUCUGAGUGAGCCUAGUCUGAACAUUAUCCUGAGGUGUUAACAGCUGAUACAGUGAGCCUAGUCUGAACAUUAUCCUGAGGUGUUAACAGCUGAUACAGUGAGCCUAGUCUGAACAUUAUCCUGAGGUGUUAACAGCUGAUACAGUGAGCCUAGUCUGAACAUUAUCCUGAGGUGUUAACAGCUGAUACAGUGAGCUUAGUCUGAACAUUAUCCUGAGGUAGUAACAGCUGAUACAGUGAGCUUAGUCUGAAUAUUAUCAUGAGGUGUUAACAGCUGAUACAGUGAGCCUAAUCUGAACACUAUCCUGAGGUGUUAACAGCUGAUACAGUGAGUUUAGUCUGAACAUUAUCCUGAGGUGUUAACAGCUGAUACAGUGAGCUUAGUCUGAACAUUAUCCUGAGGUGUUAUCAGAUGAUGCAGUGAGCUUAGUCUGAACAUUAUCCUGAGGUGUUAACAGCUGAUACAGUGAGUCUGAACAUUAUCCUGAGGUGUUAACAGCUGAUACAGUGAGCCUAGUCUGAACACUAUCCUGAGGUGUUAACAGCUGAUACAGUGAGCUUAGUCUGAACAUUAUUCUGAGGUGUUAACAGCUGAUACAGUGAUCUUAGUCUGAACAUUAUCCUGAUGUGUUAACAGAUGAUGCAGUGAGCUUAGUCUGAACAUUAUCCUGAGGUGUUAACAGAUGAUGCAGUGAGCUUAGUCAGAACAUUAUCCUGAGGUGUUAAUAGCUGAUACAGUGAGCCUAGUCUGAACAUUAGCCUGAGGUGUCAACAGCUGAUACAGUGAGCUUAGUCUGAACAUUAUCCUGAGGUGUUAACAGCUGAUACAGUGAGCUUAGUCUGAACAUUAUCCUGAGGUGUUAACAGCUGAUACAGUGAGCCAAGUCUGAACAUUAUCCUGAGGUGUUAACAGCUGAUACAGUGAGCCUAGUCUGAACACUAUCCUGAGGUGUUAACAGCUGAUACAGUGAGCUUAGUCUGAACAUUAUCCCGAGGUGUUAACAGAUGAUGCAGUGAACUUAGUCUGAACAUUAUCCUGAGGUGUUAACAGCUGCAACAGUGAGCUUAGUCUGAACAUUAUCUUGAGGUGUACAAUGUGGGCAGCACAAAAGGCAUAAUUAACAUGUGGUAUUGUACCCCUCUGUCACUCUGUGAAAAAGCAAUAAUAUUUAGCAUUUUCUCCCAUUAAUUAUGUAAACUUGGGACAUUAUGGUGGUGGUCCUCUGUAGCUCAGCUGGUAGAGCACGGCGCUUGUAACGCCAAGAUAGUGGGUUCGAUCCCCGGGACCACCCAUACACAAAAAUGUAUGCACGCAUGACUGUAAGUCGCUUUGGAUAAAAGCGUCUGCUAAAUGGCAUAUUAUUAUUAUUAUUAUUAUUAUCAAAUAAAAUAAAAUUGUAUGUGUCACAUACACGUGUUUAGCAGAUGUUAUAGCGGGUGUAGCGAAAUUAUUGUGCUUCCAGCUCCGACAGUGCAGUAAUAUCUAACAAGUAAUAUCUAACAAUUUCACAACAUAUACCCAAUAUAUACAAAACUACUAAGGAAUGGAAUUUAAGAAGAAAUACAUAUAUGGACAAGCAAUGACAGAGCGGCAUGGACUAAGAUACAGUAUAAUAUUAUAGAAUAUAAUGCAGUAUAUACAUAUGAGAUGAGUAGUCUAAGAUAUGUAAACAUUAUUAAAGUGACUAGUGUUCCAUUUCUUAAAGUGGCCAGUGAUUUCAAUAGGCAGCAGCAGCCUCUAAUGUGCUAGUGAUGGCUAUUUAACAGUCUGAUGGCUAUUUAACAGUCUAUCCUUGGGAGACCAAUGAGAUGUGAUGAAGUAUUUAAAUUAGCUGGUGAUGCUAAAUUCUCCAGCCAAUUAGACAAGCUUCCUGUGGUUUCAGACCAGAGUUGAACUAAGCGUCCUGUGGUUUCAGAAGAGCACUCAACAGAGUUGAACUUGGGCUAAGCCUCCUGUGGUUUCAGAAGAGCACUCAACAGAGUUGAACUUGGGCUAAGCCUCCUGUGGUUUCAGAAGAGCACUCAACAGAGUUGAACUUGGGCUAAGCCUGGAACUGAAAACUGAUUGGAUGGCCGUUAGCUUAAAAAAAAAACAUUAUUGAGGACAAACCUAACUGGACUGUUUGUCCCUCACAGUUUUACUCAUUUUAUGUUGUAUGGAGCUAGGUGUUGGUGUAUUCACAUUAAACUUGGAUAGGGUCAUGCUCAUAAGCAAAGGUUAAUUUAAUAUAUGUUUUUCAUUGUAUUAUGUUGACUAGAACGUCAGCGCUAACCCUAACUGUGGGAUGGACAUUUCUUGAAACCACUGCAUGUUGUAUUCUCCCAAUCCCUGUUGAGGAAGCUUUCCAAUUAGCAAUGUAUAGUCUGUAUUUAGCACGACACAACAAAUUCUCACACAAAGCUUUCUUUUCCAUGCCAACUCAAUUUCAGCCAUGCACCUAUGUGUGUCGAUGAGGUUGUUUUUAAAAGAGCAAGACACUCGAGAGUCCCACUGCAUUCACUGUUCACUGUUAGUCAAUCAUUAAAAACAGCAAGGGGUUCCCACCAGCCUUGUGAGAGAGUGAAUGAAGCAACACCUGACAUUCAGAGCAAAAAUGUGUCCAAAAAAAAGUGUACGAAGUGGUAAGGAGCAGUAGUAGCAUUCUGUUUGAGUGGGCUUCAUUUGCUGAAGAAUGGAAGCAUGGAAGAUGGGGGUUUCCACACAGAGCCUUUAUAUUUCCACUAAGAUCUACACUUCACUACAGAGACACACUCCUCACACAUCACUGCUUUCAAUGAGACUGUGAAAAGCAUUGUGUCACACAUCUGGUUGUUCGUGUUAGGGCAGUAAAUGGAGGGCUACAGACUGGAGGCACCCGCAGAUAUUUUACUUAGUUCUUGCAUUUUAUAUUGUCAGGUUCUGAACAAACAGAGUAAAAACUCAAACGGACGACUAGGAAAAGCUCAAACCAAGUUUAUUCAACCACUGGGUCAUACAGCUGCAAAGACAAUUUAUAUGAUUACACAAGCACAUAUAUUUAUAACCUCCUACUAGGCGGGGUCAACUCCUUACACAUCUAGACAGCCAAUACAUAUCUGUUGCUAGGCAGGAACUUAAUUGGUUCCUAGUUCUGCAGCUGGCCAGCCUUAUCAGAGACUACCUGUUGCCCUUCGUCUCCCUCCUUAGAAACAUUGAUAUUAAACAAUAACAUGUUUGAACAGAAUAUGAACAUUCUGCACUUCCCCUUGUCUCACUCAGUAACUUUCCAUACACCAAGUUCCUAUUCACCCUUCAUUGACCCCAGCAUAUACAUUCCUUAUACAUGUAAAGUAAUCAAUAAUUUGUAGUAUGGUGACGGUAAUGUGUAUAUUUCAAGCUAGAAUCCAACAAUAUCGAUUUGGUGUGAUCAGUACAGCCAAACUAUGAAUAACAAUGCAGAACUAGUUUAGAAGAAUUCUCAAUUGACACAAAUCUAAAUUCCUCUACAGCAUAAUGGAUUGAACACACCUGCAGCAAUAGCAGGACGAAAUAGACGGAUAGCAUGUUCACAAUUCUGUUUGUUGAUCCUUUAAGGGGGUGGGUGUAUUCAAAGCUCAGAGGUAGUUCAAGCAUCGGAAGUCAUUAAUUUCACAAUAAUCCAUAUACAAACUAUACUCUGACCCCGACAGCAGUUCCUAAGCUUUCACACAAAAAGCAUAAACAGGAUCCCCUAACUGCUCCCUUUGUAAAGCACUCACUGGAAACAUAAUGCACAUGCACAUUAAUUCAAUCUUUUUUCAGUAGCUCUAUGUUCUGAUAAUCCCCAGAUUUGCAGAGAAAGGUUUUAGUUUGAGAUGCUUCAAUAGACUGACAUAUUUAAUAUUUCCAUGACAUAAUGUACAGUGCUGUGAAAAAGUAUUUGCCCCCUUUCUAAUUUUCUCUACUUUUGCAUAUUUGUGAUACUGAAUGUUAUCAGAUCUUCAACCAAAACCUAAUAUUAGAUAAAGGGAACAUAAGUGAACAAAUAACACAACAAUUACAUAUUUAUUUAAUUUAUUUCAUAAACAAAGUUAUGCAACACCCAAUUCCCCUGUGGGAAAAAGUAAUUGCCCCCUUACACUCAAUAACUGGUUGUGCCACCUUUAGCUGCAAUGACUCCAACCAAAUGCUUCCUGUAGUUGUUGAUCAGUCUCUCACGACGCUGGGGAGGAAUUUUGGCCCACUCUUCCAUGCAGAACUGCUUUAACUCAGUGACGUGUGGGUUUUCAAGCAUGAACUGCUCGUUUCAAGUCCUGCCACAACAUCUCAAUUGGGAUUAGGUCUGGACUUUGACUAGGCCAUUCCAAAACUUCAAAUUCGUUGCUUUUUAGCAAUUUUCAUGUAGACUUGAUUCAUGGUUCCUUCUAUUAAGGCAAGUCGUCCAGGUCCUGAGGCAGCAAAGCAUCCCCAAACCAUCACACCACCACCACCAUGAUUGACCUUUGGUAUGAUGUUCUUACUGUGGAAUGCAGAGUUUGGAUUUCGCCAGACAUUACUGGAACCAUGUCGUCCAAAAGGUGAUACUUUUGAAUCAUCUGUCCAUAGAACAUUCUUCCAAGAGUCUUGAUGAUCAUCCAGGUGCUUUUUGGCAAACUUGAGUCAACUUUUUGGACGAGAUGGGUCCCAUUAUGCCUGGCGAAAACCAAACACUGCAUUCCACAGAAAGAACGUCAUACCAAAGGUCAAGCAUGGUGGUGGUGUGAUGGUUUGGGGAUGCUUUGCUGCCUCAGGACCUGGACAACUUGCCUUAAUAGAAGGAACCAUGAAUCAAGUCUACAUGAAAAUUGCUAAAAAAGCAACGAAUUUGAAGUUUUGGAAUGGCCUGGUCAAAGUCCAGACCUAAUCCCAAUUGAGAUGUAGUGGCAGGACUUGAAACGAGCAGUUCAUGCUUGAAAACCCACACGUCACUGAGUUAAAGCAGUUCUGCAUGGAAGAGUGGGCCAAAAUUCCUCCCCAGCGUCGUGAGAGACUGAUCAACAACUACAGGAAGAAUUUGGUUGGAGUCAUUGCAGCUAAAGGUGGCACAACCAGUUACUGAGUGUAAGGGGGCAAUUACUUUUUCCCACAGGGGAAUUGGGUGUUGCAUAACUUUGUUUAUGAAAUAAAUUAAAUAAAUAUGUAAUUGUUGUGUUAUUUGUUCACUUACGUUCCCUUUAUCUAAUAUUAGGUUUUGGUUGAAGAUCUGAUAACAUUCAGUAUCACAAAUAUGCAAAAGUAGAGAAAAUUUAGAAAGAGGGCAAAUACUUUUUCACAGCACUGUAUAUGCUGAAAUGUCUGAUUGUUCUCUGAAUACAGCUCUGUCUCUCAACAGUCAAAGACCUACAUGUGCAGCAGCCAGGGUAAAGUACUGUGUUUGACCAUAGACUUUGGAUCUGGCUUCACUUGUUCCGAGAGCUCCUCGAAGGUGAGUCAUUGUUCAUUCACUAUUCUAACUGAAACUUCAACAGGCUACACAGUAAGGGGGAUAUUGUCCAUGCUAGACUGGUUAAUACCUACUGUUUAUUGAUUGGUCAAAAUAAUGAACCCUUGCUAUAUUGUCUACUCUUAUCCCCUGUAGAAGAUAUUAUGGAGAUACAAAUUCUCUCAACUGAAAGGCUCCUCUGAUGAUGGGAAAACAAGGGUGAAGCUCCUCUUCAAGAAUUCUGAAAACAAACAGAUAGAGAGGAAGGUACAGGGACGCUGCAUAUGAUAUUAUCUCAACUUCCAUUGCAGUGGCCUCCCCCCGAGGAGAGUAUUGAUGGACGGCAGAAUGUUUGAAUACUGUGGUCCACAGGAGGUUGGUGGCACCUUUAAUUGGGGAGGACGGGCUCAUGGUAAUGGCUGGAGCAGAAUGAGUGGAACAGUAUCAAAUACAUAAAACACAUGGUUUCCAUGGUUUCCAUGUGUUUGAUGCCAUUCCAUCCGCUCCCUUCCAGCCAUUACUAUGAGCCGUCCUCCCCUCAGCAGCCUCCACUCCUGUGGACAUGUAUUACACAUCGGCUUUAUGCUACCUCAUCAAUAUAUUGAAUCAAACCAUCUCUGGUAAAUGCCAUGCGGGGAACCAGUAGAGUAAUAUUAUUAUUAUUAUUGUUGUUGUUGUUGUUAGUAGUAGUAGUAGAAAAUACAAGUGCCUAUUUGUUACAAAAGUAAUUGUGACAUUUUUAUGUAUGCAAACAUUAUGUAAAUUUUAUGCAAACUCUUAAGAGUAUUUCUUAGAAUUUGUAUUCAGGGUUUUUCUUUUCAUUGCAGGAGCUGGAGUUUUCCAAUCUGACCGCAGUCCUACAUUGUAUUCAUUCUUUUAUCGCUUCCAAAGUGGCCUCUGUGGACCCUGUCUUUGUCAACAGUCAAAGCAUCUCUGGAAAGUACAUGGGUUAGACACUUGUUUGUGUUGUCAUGUACAGUUUAGUCACAUGAGCUAAUUGACUAUUUUAUGCACAUUCAAAUUCAAUUGAUAUGUAUAUCUUGUUCCUGUUAUUUUUGUAAGGCUCUUGUUAAAUAAUAAUAAGGAAAAUAUUUUAAAAAACAUAUUUGACUUUGGAAGUAGAGGAUAUUUAUACUUCCAUUAAUUGGUUGUUAUUGACAUUGGAGUAUGAAUAUGUUUAAAAAUCCAUGCAGAUUUUUUUCCAUGCAGAAAAACAUAUUU